UAUUAGCCAAAUAUACAGCUUUAGGCAGAGGCGCAGAUGUAGGUUUUAAGUGAUAAGCAGGUGGAGAAUAGAGUGUGUUUGUGAUUUUGCUUGAAGGGGUUGUUUUGCGGUGGAUAUAGUGUACACUGUUUGCUGUAUUUUUAGGGGGCAGUAUUACAGCUUCUGUUAAUGAGAAAAAAGGCGGAGUACCAAAUCUGGUUAUUAAUGUGUCAUGCUACCAAAACUGCAAAUCUGAAGAAGUCUUAAAACAGACGGGUUAUCACUGAUGCGACAAAAAACUUAAGUUUACACAGCAAAUAAAAUAAUGGGAACUAAAGAGUCUGCACUCCAACUGGAUGGUGUCACACCCCUACAGCAGAUGGUAUCCACUUGUGCAGGAGCUCUGCUAACUUCACUAAUUGUUACCCCACUUGAUGUGGUAAAAAUCCGUUUGCAAGCUCAGAGGAAUCCAUUUUACAAAGGAAAAUGCUUUGUGUAUUGUAAUGGCCUGAUGGAUCAUCUCUGCAUUUGUGAAGAUGGAAACAAAGCAUGGUACAAAGCAUCUGGACAUUUUAAAGGAACAUUGGAUGCAUUCAGUAGCAUAGUCCGAAAUGAGGGUGUUACAUCAUUAUGGAGUGGACUGCCUCCAACUUUAGUAAUGGCUGUCCCAGCCACCAUAAUCUACUUCACAUGCUAUGAUCUCCUUCGGAAUUUUCUGACAUGGAAGAUGGGAGGAAAUGCUGACUUUGCCCCUCUGUUUGCUGGAGCAUUAGCUAGAGUUGUUUCUGUUACAUUGGUGAGUCCAUUAGAAUUGAUCAGAACAAGAAUGCAGUAUCGUCAACUGACAUACAGAGAACUUGGUGAUUGCAUCAACAGUGCUGUGGCUAAAGAUGGUUGGAGAUCCCUUUGGAAGGGCUGGGGUCCCACUGUUCUUCGAGAUGUUCCCUUUUCAGCAAUGUACUGGUACAACUAUGAACAGAUAAAGAAGUGGCUGUGCAAGACUUACAGUACAAGUGAGCCAACCUUCCUCAUCAGUUUUACUGCAGGUGCACUUUCGGGCUCUAUUGCUGCAGUAGCAACUUUGCCAUUUGAUGUUGUGAAAACCAACAGACAGAUUGCGCUAGGACAGAUGGAUGCAUCGAAUGUGAUACCAAAGCAGCCUUCUUCAACGUGGAAAGUUAUGAAAAAAAUAUUUGCUGAAAAUGGAUUUACUGGAUUAUAUGCAGGUUUCCUGCCUCGAGUAAUUAAAGUGGCUCCAGCAUGUGCCAUAAUGAUUAGCACAUAUGAGUUUGGGAAGUCCUUUUUCCGUAAACGAAACAAAGAACAACAGAAAUUUUCAGAACCUGUUCCCUGAGCAGCACCUACAGCCAGAAAUUUAAAAUAAAGACAUUUUACUGAUAAUGGAAAAAAAUUCAGUCUAUGUGUAGACUUCAUAUGCAGCACCUUUAACAAAAUAGCACAUGUGCACUACUUAAUUAUGUGGGCAUAUUUUGAUCCUCUCUUGUACACAAAUGCAUGCCAGAAUUAUAGGUCACAUCUGAACUGCACCUUGUGUAUUAUGUAAGCUAUGAAGUGUUGAAAUGUGCCAACCUAUGAGCUGUGAAACUGAUUUUCUUUGUUGGUGUGACAGAAUUUUGAGUAAACAUUUAUUUUUAAUAUUUAAAUAAAAAUUGAUUAUUUGUAAAUACAA